CAAAGAUACAAGAACAACAAUACGAGUUUAGCCGAAGUCAGGACAUAGUUGUGCGCUCGAUGCGAAUGGGAUUUCGGGACUUUGCCCGCGAACUGAUAGGAGCCGUAGGAGCCGAGGUGAAUCAUCGCCUCGAGAAGACUGAGCGUUUUUGUGUUGGCGCCAUUGAAGGUGUCAAAGUGGCAGCUCCCAAGGAGGAGGAAGCACGUUCUCCUUGCCGGGAGCCGGUCAAGGUCAAAUUCCCUGAUUCCUACAGCGGGAAGAGGGAAGAGAACUUUGACAACUGGGAGGCUAACGUCAAGACCUACGUGCAUUUGCAACAGGUCUCCCCGGAUCAGCAUGUUUUGAUUGCGAUCCAUGCGCUCAGAGAUGAGGCCGCCAGUUUUGCAAGGUCCCUAGUGCGCGCCGCUAACUGCAAUGAUGAUGCAGUUGCCUAUUCGGCAUUUACCUCCCUCACCGAGUUCAUGAAAUUGCUGCGCGAGCGAUUUGCAGAUGUCGCUCGUAGUCGCUGUAUGAACGAUUUGUUUAGGCCGUGGUUAGACAGAUUUGUUGUAGUUUAUCUAGAUGAUAUUUUAGUGUUUAGUAGGACCCUCGAAGAGCAUCAGGGUCAUCUCAGGCACGUCUUGGAGAAGCUGAGGGAAGCUAACUUCAAGAUCAAUGCAAAGAAGUGCGAUUGGGCAAAGACCCAAGUUUUGUACCUAGGCCACGUCUUAGACGGAGACGGCGUUAAGCCAGAAGAUAGCAAGAUCGCAGCGAUUAGAGAUUGGCCCACGCCACGUAUGCUGGCAGAGUUGCGCUCGUUCCUGGGCCUAGCUAAUUACUAUAGGAAGUUCGUGAGGAACUUCUCCACCAUCGCUGCGCCCCUUCGCAGAUUGCUGAGGAAGGAGACCAUCUGGAAGUGGGAUAAGGACUGCACGUCUGCCAUGAAGAAGUUAAAGCAGGCACUGAUAGAGUAUCCAGUCCUUAAAGUCGCCGAUUCGUCCUUACCCUUUGUUGUCAUGACCGAUGCGAGUCAAUACGGCAUAGGCGCAGGGUUGCAGCAAAACAAUGGCAAUGGAUAUAGACCCGUAGAGUUCAUGUCCGCCAGAAUGCCUUCAGAGAAGGUCGCGACAUCUACCUAUGAGAGGGAACUCUACGUUUUCAGGCAAGCUUUAGACUACUGGAAGCACUACUUGCUUGGGAGGCACUUCAAAGUCUAUUCUGACCAUGAAACGUUACGAUGGUUAAAGACGCAGGCCAAGAUGACACCUAAGCUUACUAGGUGGGCCGCAAAAAUAGAUCAGUACGACUUUGAGCUCAAGCCUGUCAAGGGAAAGUACAACGUAGUUGCGGAUGCUCUGAGUAGGAGGGCAGAUUACUUUGGGGCAAUAGUACAUUACCUCGAUAUAGGGAAGGAUCUGCAGCAGAAGGUGAGGGAAGCCUACGCGCAGGACCCUAUCUAUAGUGAGCUCCUCACGCGAGUUAAGGAGGCCCCAGAGACCGAGCCGAACUACCACACUACGGAAGGGUUACUUUUCGAGAAGACUAAUGUCUUUGACCGGUUGUGUAUCCCCAAUAGUGAAGAGAUCCACAAUUUGAUCUUGGGAGAAUGUCAUGACACAGAGGGUCAUUUUGGUUGGCUGAAAACUUUAGCCAAUCUGAUGCGCACGUAUACCUGGCCAGGGAUGAAGAAUGACUGCGUAGAGUAUGUCCGCAGUUGCAGAGUUUGCCAGCGUAAUGAGACCCGUACGCGCGCCCCGUUAGGUCUUCUCAGACCCUUACCCAUUCCGGACCAACCAGGAGACUCAGUGUCCAUAGACUUCAUGGACACUCAAGUCAAGAGCAGGCAUGGCAAGAGCCAAGUCAUGGUCAUAGUAGACCGAUUUAGUAAGUACGCAGUCUCUGUUCCUUUGCCUUAAGAGGCACGUACUGAUUUAGUCAUACAGAGAUUUUGUGACUGUUGGGUUAGUGAGAAUGGAAUCCCGCUGUCAAUAGUUAGCGAUAGAGAUAGUCGCUUUACCAGCCAGAACUGGCAAGAGCUCAUGGGAGUGUAUGGAUCUAAGUUGUUGAUGUCAUCUAGCCGUCAUCCAGAGACUAACGGUCAGACAGAGCAAAUGAACAAAAUCCUACAGCAAGU